AUGAGCUCUCGCGUCAUUCCAAGGGCCUCCAUACGGAGGCUGGCAGCCAGCACGAAGCCAUGCGUCUCUGUCAUCUCCAAGUCCAUUCGGAGUGCUGGGAGCCUUUCUCAGCGGCCCAAUUCUAAUUUCGUCUCAUUUCCAGGAGCCUUGAAGAGCUCUUUCACCAGUUCUCUCAAAUUUGAGACUCCCGAUUCAUACACAGCCCUUCAGACCUAUCGAGUCGUGGAUCAGGAUGGCCAGAUAGUCGACCCCUCCUUCAGCCCUGACAUUUCCGAUGAGACAGUCAUUAAGCUCUACAAGGACAUGUUGUUCAUCUCCAUCAUGGAUCUCAUCAUGUUCGAUGCCCAGAGACAAGGUCGUUUGAGCUUUUAUAUGGUCAGCGCAGGCGAGGAAGCCGUGAGCGUGGGAAGCUCUAGCGUACUAGACAAAGAAGAUGUCGUUUUCUGCCAGUAUCGAGAGCAGGGCUUUUUCAAGGAGAGGGGUUUUACCACUGAGCAAUUCAUGUCACAACUGUUCGCCAAUAAGAAAGACUCUGGUCGGGGGAGAAACAUGCCGGUUCACUACGGAUCUAAGGAAUUGAAUAUCCACACCGUGUCUUCACCAUUAGCAACACAGCUUCCGCAGGCCUCGGGAGCAGCAUAUGCGUUAAAGUUACAGAAGCUUCAAGAUCCCAGCUCAAAGCCGCGAGUAGCGGUAGUAUUUUUCGGUGAGGGAGCUGCCAGUGAGGGCGAUUUCCAUGCAGCGCUGAAUAUUGCCGCCACGCGCUCAUGUCCCAUCGUUUUCAUCUGCCGUAACAACGGGUUUGCCAUCUCCACACCCACUCUUGACCAAUACCGAGGAGAUGGCAUUGCAAGCAGAGGAAUUGGAUACGGUAUUGACACAAUCCGAGUGGAUGGAAAUGACAUCUGGGCCGUCAGAGAGGCCACAAAGAAGGCGCGAGCAAUGGCUCUUGAGGGCGGUGGCAAGCCAGUUCUCAUCGAAGCCAUGACCUAUCGUGUCUCUCAUCACAGCACUUCCGACGACUCCUUUGCAUACCGAGCUCGCGUUGAAGUUGAGGAUUGGAAGCGACGAGAUAACCCCCUAACUCGGCUGAGGAAAUGGAUGGAGGCUAAGGGAUGCUGGGAUGAGACGAAGGAGAAGGAUGCCAGAACCGACCUGAGAAAGGAGAUCUUGAAGGCUUUUGGCGAAGCAGAGAGGGAAAAGAAGCCACCGAUUGCCACUAUGUUCGAGGACAUUUAUGAGGAGCUGACGGAGGACCUCAAGGAGCAAAAGGAGCAACUAAGGACAAUGCUAGAAAAGUAUCCAGAAGAGUAUGAGGUUGGAUCUUUCGAUGGAGGUAUAGACAGCCUGAAGGCUAAAUAA